AUGGUUAAUUUGCAAUUACAAGGCGACAGUUUAAAUUUGAUUAAAACAAAGUCCAUCUUAUCAGCGUUUCUUGCCAGAGUUAAACUAAUGAAGCAAAAUAUUGGACGGGGCGAAUUUUCUCAGUUCCCCAAUUUGUCACAGACAAGCUGCCAGGAAGACGACGUUUCAACUUACGUUCAACAUUUAAAUGCCCUCUAUUCAGAUUUUGAAUAUAGGUUUGAGGAUAUUUUGACUAUGGUAAUACCACCGUGGAUAAUUAAUUCAAAUGGUGACAUAGAAGAAACGAAUGUCAUAAUACAAGAGGAACUGGCUGAACUAAGUACAAACGAAGACCUUAAGGUUCAGUUUAAAAACGGAUAUCAGCAAUUCUGGCUGCAAAACAACAUACCCGUUACUUAUCCCGUAUUAUGGAAUAUAGCGAGGAAAUUUUUAAUUUUCUUUCCAUCGUCAUACCUAGUGGUUCAGCGCUGUUACCAAUCUCCUAACGAAAAAAAGAAACAGACUGAACAUCAUUAG